AACUGCAGGCUCCUUUAUCUUUAGAUUCUUACGAUUUUUCUGCCUUCGCUCCGCCAUGGACGACAUUCCACCCUACCCUCCAAUCGAUCCAACCACCUUCGACCUCAUCGUCAUAGGCACGGGCCUUCCCGAAUCCAUCAUAGCCGCCGCCGCCUCCACCGCCUCUAAAUCCGUUCUCCACCUCGAUCCCAAUCCCUUUUACGGCUCCCACUUCUCUUCUCUCCCUCUCGCCGAUCUCCCCUCAUUCCUCUUCUCCCACUCAACCUCAUCAUCGCCACCGCCCUCAGCCUCUUCAGACGAACAUCACCAUUUUUCUUUUUUAGAUUUAUCUACUCGUCCUCUCUACUCCUCCAUCGGUAUCUCCAGUUUUUCCACUGACCUCGAUCAAUACUCCAGAAAAUUCAACCUCGAUGUGGCCGGACCUCGAGUUUUCUUUUGUGCCGAUAAAUCUAUCGAAUUGAUACUAAAUAACGGAGCUAAUCAGUACAUGGAGUUCAAGAGUAUUGACGCCACUUUUGUAGGGGACAACAAGGGGAAUCUCUUGAAUGUGCCGGAUUCCAGAGCUUCCAUAUUCAAAGACAAGAGCCUGGGACUCAUGGAGAAGAAUCUGUUAAUGAGGUUCUUCAAGCUGGUGCAGGGACACUUGGCUGGCGAAGAAGACCUCAAGAUUUCCGACGAGGAUUUGUUGAGCCCGUUUGUUGAUUUCUUGAAUAAAAUGGGAUUGCCGCACAAAAUUAAAUCGUUUAUACUGUAUGCGAUCGCAAUGGCGGAUUAUGAUCAAGAAGAUACUGGAGUUUGUGGAGAUUUGCUGAAGACAAAAGAUGGGAUCGAUCGGCUGGCUCUGUAUAAUGCAUCCAUUGGCAGGUUUCAAAAUGCAUCUGGGGCUUUGUUAUAUCCUAUCUAUGGGCAAGGAGAACUAUCCCAAGCUUUUUGCCGUCGUGCUGCUGUCAAAGGUUGCAUCUAUGUAUUGCGUAUGCCAGUUACUGCAUUGCUUGUAGACAAGGAUACUGGGUGUUACAAGGGUGUUAAAUUAGCUUCAGGUCAGGAUAUAUUCAGCCAGAAAUUGAUCCUUGAUCCAACCUUUAAGGUAACAUUGCCAACAGGCUCAUCCCCAUCACCUCCACUUCAAGCAAAGCUUCCAUUUUUCAGCCCGAAGGAUGAUAGAGGAAAGAUUGUGAGGGGAAUAUGCAUCACAAAGACUUCUUUGAAGCCUGAUAUGUCUAACUUUUUGGUUGUAUAUCCUCCAAGAUCAUUGUUUCCUGAGCAGGUUACUUCAAUCAGACUUCUCCAAAUAGCUAGCAAUUUGGCUGUUUGUCCACCGGGCAUGUUUGUGUUAUAUAUCUCAGCAUUAUGUAAUGACGAUGAUCAAGGGAAGAAGUUAGUUCAUGCAGUCAUUAACACCUUUCUUACAGUUCCCCCUCCUAUAAAUUCUGAAAGUAAUGCUGCAGUUCAAAGUGAGACUGUAGAAAGUGGUUGUGUAGUUCAAGAUGGGACUGCAGAAAGUCCUGGAGAAGGAAAACCUACUUUACUUUGGAGUGCUUUGUAUAGCCAGGAGCUCACUUUGGGUCAAGUUGAUUUUAUCUGUUCAACUCCCAUGCCAGAUGGUAAACUGAACUACGAUAAUCUCAUAGAUGCUACUGUUAAGUUAUUUAAGGAGAUUUACCCUGAGGCUGAAUUCUUUCCACAGACAUCCUCAGAGAAUCAUGAGGAUGAUGGUGAUGGUGAUGUUUCACCGGAGACCUAAAGAUUUGCGGAAUGAGAUAUCCUCACUUUAAUGGAGCAUCAAACAAUCAUGAUCCUUCUCCAAAAUUGUGCUCAAUGAUCGGGGGAUGCUUCUAUCUAAUUAUAUAUUUGAAGAGGCGAAGGAAAAAGGGAGUGGAGUUUGAUACACAUUUUACAAUUCCAAAACAUGGUGAUUUUUCGGAUAGCUAAACCACUGUUGACUUGGUUUCCCUUUGUAUAAACUUUUGUUCUAUCCAUCUUUUACCAGUUGUAUUUUGGCAAGAUCAUUUUGCUACCUUUAUAUUCCUGAUGUAACAGUAAA